AUGGCCAGCGACGAGCACGACGAGCACGACUGGGAGCAGCUCGGCCAGCCCCACUGGCGCGGCCUAGGACUCACCGAUCCUAUCAAGAGUAUCGAGGACAAAUGGCUGCUGCUACCGGCAUUUCUAAAGGUCAAGGGCCUCGUGAAGCAGCACAUCGACUCGUUCAACUACUUUGUCGACGUCGACAUCAAGAACAUCCUCAAAGCGAACAACAAAGUCACCUCGGACGUCGAUCCCCGCUUCUGGCUCAAGUACACCGACAUCGUCGUCGGCUUCCCCGACCGGACCGACGCAGAUGCCGUCGACAAGAGCGUCACCCCGCACGAGUGCCGCCUGCGCGACACGACGUACGGCGCCCCCAUCCUCGUCACGAUCCAGUAUACGCGGGGGAAGAGCGUCGUGCGGCGUGCAAACGUGAACAUCGGGCGGCUGCCCAUUAUGCUCAGGAGCAACAAGUGCGUCUUGACGGGGAGGAACGAGGCGCAGCUUGCGCGCAUGACGGAGUGUCCCCUCGAUCCAGGGGGGUACUUCAUCGUAAAAGGCACGGAGAAGGUCAUCCUCGUCCAAGAGCAGCUAAGCAAAAAUCGCAUCAUCGUCGAGGUUGACCCCACAAAAGGCAUCGUCCAGGCGUCCUGCACGUCAUCUACGCACGGGGGGCUCAAGUCCAAGACUUACGUCGCGACGAAGAAGGGCAAAAUAUACCUCCGUCACAACUCUAUUCACGAAGACGUGCCCAUCGUGAUCGCGCUCAAGGCUCUCGGCAUCCAGUCGGACAAGGAGAUCCUUCUGCUCACCGCCGGGAACCACGAGGCAUACAAAUCAGCGUUCUCUCCGAACCUUGAGGAGGCCGCUAAGCUCGGCAUCCUCACCCGUCACCAGGCUCUAGAGUACAUCGGAUCUCGCGUAAAAGUGAAUCGGAGGGUAGUGGGCCCGAGGAGGCCCGCUUGGGAGGAGGCGCUGGAAGCGCUUGCGACCAUCGUCCUGGCGCAUGUGCCGGUGCAAGGCCUCGACUUCCGAUCAAAGGCCAUCUUUGUCGCCACGAUGACUCGGCGGGUGCUUAUGGCAAUGGACGACGAGAAGAUGGUGGACGAUAGGGACUACGUGGGGAACAAGCGUCUCGAGCUGGCGGGGCAGCUGCUCGCGCUGCUGUUCGAGGAUCUGUUCAAGACGUUCAACACGAACCUCAAAUCUGCGAUCGACAAGGUCCUGAAGAAGCCGUCGCGCACGAGCGAAUUCGACGCGUUCAACACGAUGCAGUUCCAGGGCGACCACAUCACGUCUGGGUUUGUGCGCGCCAUCUCGACGGGCAAUUGGUCGCUGAAACGGUUCAAGAUGGACCGCGCGGGCGUUACGCACGUUCUCAGCCGCCUCUCGUUCAUUUCCGCCCUCGGUAUGAUGACGCGGAUCUCAUCGCAGUUUGAGAAGACGCGCAAGGUCAGCGGACCGCGUGCCCUGCAACCGAGCCAGUGGGGGAUGCUGUGUCCCAGCGAUACGCCCGAAGGCGAGGCCUGCGGGCUGGUGAAGAAUCUGGCGUUGAUGACGCACAUUACCACCGACGUGGAUGAAGAGCCGAUCAUCAGGAUAGCGUUCAUGCUCGGCGUCGAGGGCGCGUAUUUCUUCUGCAUCUGUGCUGGCCAUAUCAGCUUGGUCACCGGGGCCGAAAUAUACGGCCCCGGGACGUUCGUCGUCAACGUGAACGGGACCAUCAUCGGGCUGACUCGCUACCCCGCCCGUUUCGUCAGUAACUUCCGCAAGCUGCGCCGGGCGGGGCGCUUCAGCGAGUUUGUCAGCGUUUACAUCAACCAUCAUCACCGGACCGUGCUCAUUGCCAGCGACGGCGGGCGGAUCUGCCGGCCUAUGAUUAUUGUCGAGAACGGGAGGCCUAGAGUUGCAUCUGACCACAUCUUGCAACUCAAAAAGGGCCUGCUGAUGUUUGACGACUUUUUACGAAAGGGGCUAGUCGAGUACCUCGACGUAAACGAAGAGAAUGACUCGUACAUAGCGCUCUAUGAAGCCGACAUUGUUCCAAGCACCACACACCUGGAGAUUGAGCCGUUCACGCUGCUCGGUGCGGUCGCCGGCCUGAUUCCGUACCCGCACCAUAACCAGUCCCCCCGAAACACGUACCAGUGCGCGAUGGGCAAGCAGGCGAUCGGCGCCAUCGGGUACAAUCAGCUGAACAGAAUCGACACGCUGCUGUAUCUCUCCGUCUACCCGCAGCAGCCCAUGGUGAAGACCAAAACGAUCGAGCUGAUUGGCUACGACCGGCUGCCCGCGGGGCAGAACGCGACGGUGGCCGUGAUGAGUUACUCGGGCUACGACAUUGAGGACGCACUCAUCCAAAAUAAGGCCAGUUUGGACCGUGGCUAUGGCCGGUGCCAGGUGUUGCGGAAGAACGCGACGCUCAUCCGCAAGUAUCCCAACGGGACGUUUGACCGGCUGGCGGAUGCGCCGGUGGACGAGAGCGGGCAGACGCAGAAGAAGUACGACAUCAUCCAGCUGGACGGGCUGGCGGGCGUCGGGGAGCGCGUGGACCCGGGCGACGUGUACAUCAACAAGCAGACGCCGACGAACGCGAACGACAACACGUUCACGGGGCAGGCGGCGACGGUGCCGUACAAGAACGCGCCGAUGACGUACAAGUCGCCCGUGGCGGGGUACAUCGACAAGGUGAUGGUGAGCGACACGGAGAACGACCAGACGCUGAUCAAGGUGCUCAUCCGCCAAACGCGCCGCCCGGAGCUCGGCGACAAGUUCUCGUCGCGGCACGGGCAGAAGGGCGUGUGCGGGCUGAUCGUGAACCAGGAGGACAUGCCGUUCAACGACCAGGGCGUCGUCCCCGACACGAUCAUGAACCCGCACGGGUUCCCCUCGCGGAUGACGGUCGGGAAGAUGAUCGAGCUGCUUGCAGGCAAGGCCGGCGUGCUCGCGGGGAAGCUGCAGUACGGCACCGCGUUCGGCGGCUCCAAGGUCGAGGACAUGUCGCGGAUCCUGAUCGAGCACGGGUUCAGCUACGCGGGCAAGGACAUGCUCACGAGCGGGAUCACGGGCGAGCCGAUGGAGGCGUACGUGUACUUUGGGCCGAUAUACUACCAGAAAUUGAGUGCGCCCGUCUGCGUUGUAGCACAUGGUGAUGGACAAGAUGCACGCGCGCGCGAGGUGAGCGACGCGGUUGUUUCUUCUAAACAAAAACUCUCUGCGGGCCCGCGGGCGACGCUGACGCGGCAGCCGACAGAGGGGCGGUCGCGCGAGGGGGGGCUGCGGCUGGGGGAGAUGGAGCGGGACUGCUUGAUCGGGUACGGUGCGACGCAGCUGUUGCUGGAGCGGCUGAUGAUCUCGUCGGACAAGUUUGAGGUGAACGCGUGCGAGGAGUGCGGGCUGCUGGGGUACAACGGGUGGUGCCCGUUCUGCAAGAGCUCGAAGCGGAUGGCGCAGCUGACGAUCCCGUACGCGGCGAAGCUGCUGUUCCAGGAGGCGAGUCGCGCCCGUUCUGUGUGCCUCAUGGCGAUGAACGUCGUCCCGCGGCUGGUGCUCGACGACGCGUGA